AUGGUCGGCAAACGAGCUUUCGAACGGCCGAAAACUCCACGCGAGCACAUUGACGAGUUCAGCAACAAAGGAGACGUUGAGUCGGGGCCGCGGACCACAGGGAAGAGACGCUUCCCGAAGUUCAAAGAUGCCGUCGACUUCGCCAUGGCCGAGCGGACGCAGGGCGUGCUCAAGAAGCAGCUCGUUGCGGGCAUUGAUCGAGAGUGCUUCGAGGAGUAUCGAAUGAGUGACGAGAAGUUGAAAGAAAUAAAAGACAAGAAGGUCCGUGCUUUUUACGAGGAGCAAAACGCCCGCCUCGAUGAUUGGCUCGAGGUCGACACCGUGGUCAAGGCCAUGGCUGGAGAAGUCAUGGACUCCAUGAAUCCCGAUGCGGACCAUGAUGGUGUGCGGGAAAGAGGUGGAGGCCUUCAGAACGUUGAAGAGAGGAUAGACGAGCUUCUGCCGGAUCGGGUGCAGGAAGAUCGAAGAAAGGCUGCGAAGAUGGCGCGGUGGGCCAUCAACAUCAACGUCAUUGCGAACAUCAUCCUCUUAGCAGCCAAAGGAGCGGCUGCCCUGAAAUCGACAUCGUUGUCUUUGAUCGCAUCGUUGUUGGACUCUGCUCUGGAUCUUCUGUGCACUGUCAUCGUGUGGACCACAAACAGACUAGUCUCGUGGCGUUUGGACUCGUUAGCAAGGCGUUUCCCAGUUGGCAGGCAACGGCUGGAACCACUAGGAAUUCUCGUCUUCUCCAUCAUCAUGGUCAUAUCGUUCCUCCAAAUCUUGCAAGAGUCGGUCACGAAACUGCUGCCAAGCGGCGAUCAUUCGUCCGCUACUCUUCCUGCAGUCGCAAUUGGAGCCAUGGCAGGCACAGUCGUGGUGAAGGGCAUUAUUGGUAUCGGCUGUUAUCGCAUCAAGACGACGCAAGUUCAGGCGCUCUUCCAGGACUGCAAGACGGAUGUGUACUUCAACACGUUGUCCCUGCUUUUCCCACUUAUUGGCAAGCAGGCUGGAGUUUGGUGGCUAGAUCCUCUCGGUGCCGCUUUACUGUCUUUGUACAUCAUCUAUGACUGGGCGGAUACUUGCUUGGAGAACGUCACUCGUCUUUGCGGAUCAGCUGCCGAGAAGGAGUUGGAUAAGAAAUUGACGUACCUGCUAUCGAUUUGCGCCGAUGGUGUUUGGGUCGAGUAUGACGUUCUGCUCGACGAGAAGUCACCGUUACGGCGGACGCACGAUAUCUCGGAGACGUUGCAGUACUGUGCGGAAGCGCUCGAGGAGGUGGAUCGCUGCUUCGUUUCCAUGGACUACUCCGCCGAGAAUCCGGUGGGUCAUUCAGCAGGAGCCUGA